GGGAAAAGCUUCAGUUGGUGCUCAAGCCUUAUCACACAUCAUAGAAUCCACACCGGGGAGACGCCCUACACGUGCUCUGAGUGCGGGAAAAGCUUCAAUCGGCGCUCACACCUUAUCACACAUCAGAGAAUCCACACAGGAGAGAAGGCCUACACAUGCGCUGAGUGCGGGAAAAGCUUCAAUCGGCGCUCACACCUUAUCACACAUCAGAGAAUCCACACAGGAGAGAAGGCCUACAAAUGCGCUGAGUGCGGGAAAAGCUUCAGUCAGCGCUCAAGCCUUAUCACACAUCAGAGAAUCCACACAGGAGAGAUGCCCUACAGAUGCGCUGAAUGCGGGAAAAGCUUCAGUGUGCGCUCACACCUUAUCACACAUCAGAGAAUCCACACAGGGGAGAAGCCCUACACGUGCGCUGAGUGCAGGAAAAGCUUCAGUCGGCGCUCAAACCUUAUCACACAUCAGAGAAUCCACACUGGGGAGAAGCCCUACACGUGCUCUGAGUGCAGGAAAAGCUUCAGUCAGCGCUCAAGCCUUAUCACACAUCAGAGAAUCCACAAAGGAGAGACGCCCUACACGUGCUCUGAGUGCGGGAAAAGCUUCACUCGGCGCUCAAGCCUUUUCACACAUCAGAGAAUCCACACAGGGGAGAGGCCCUACACAUGCGCUGAGUGCGGGAAAAGCUUCAGUCUGCGCUCAAACCUUAUCACACAUCAGAGAAUCCACACAGGGGAGAGGCCCUACACAUGCGCUGAGUGCGGGAAAAGCUUCAGUCUGCGCUCAAUCCUUAUCACACAUCAGAGAAUACACACAGGAGGGCGCCCCAUCGUGCGCUGA